AUGUCUGGUGCGCAGUCUCUCGCCCAGCCGGGUGGUAUUUCUGAUCCUGCCCUUAUCCAAUUGGUGAACAAGCUCCAGGAUGUAUUCACAACUGUCGGCGUUGCGAAUCCCAUCGACCUUCCUCAAAUAGUUGUUGUCGGAAGUCAGUCUAGCGGAAAGAGCUCCGUACUAGAGAAUAUUGUUGGCCGUGACUUCCUACCACGAGGUUCCGGUAUCGUUACUCGACGACCCCUUAUUCUGCAGCUCAUCAACCGCCCGGCGUCUUCACAAAGCAAUGGGGCCAAUGAAGAGCUCGUGGCUGGCGACGACAAGGCGGCGAACGCGGACGAAUGGGGCGAGUUCCUGCACAUUCCCGGCCAAAAGUUCUUUGAUUUCAACAAGAUCCGCGAAGAGAUUGAUAGGGAAACGGCGGCCAAGGUUGGACGCAAUGCCGGCAUCUCUCCCGCCCCCAUCAACCUCAGGAUAUACUCUCCCAACGUCCUCAACCUCACCCUCGUUGACUUGCCCGGCCUGACGAGAGUUCCUGUCGGCGACCAACCGCGCGAUAUCGAGCGUCAGAUCCGAGACAUGGUGCUCAAGUACAUCGUCAAGCCCAACGCCAUCAUCCUUGCCGUGACGGCCGCCAACGUCGAUUUGGCCAAUUCCGACGGUCUGAAGCUGGGCCGAGAGGUGGAUCCCGAGGGCCAGAGGACCAUUGGUGUGCUGACCAAGGUCGAUCUCAUGGACGAUGGCACCGACGUGGAAGAGUAUCUCGGCGGCUUUGGAGGCGGAGAAGAACUUUUCGAGACGCACAAGGCUUAUAGGAACAAGAGCUCGUACUGCGGAACGCCCUACCUCGCCCGCAAGCUCAACCUCAUCCUGAUGAUGCACAUCAAGCAGACGCUCCCCGACAUCAAGGCCAGGAUUUCGAGCUCGCUUACCAAGUAUACUGCCGAGCUCGAUAGCUUGGGUCCUUCGAUGCUUGGCAACAGUGCCAACAUUGUGCUCAACAUCAUCACCGAGUUCACCAACGAGUGGCGCACCGUGCUGGACGGAAACAACACGGAGCUUUCAAGCAGCGAACUGUCGGGCGGUGCGCGUAUCAGCUUCGUUUUCCACGAGUUGUACUCCAACGGUAUCAAGGCCAUUGAUCCGUUCGAUGUCGUGAAAGACGCCGACAUCCGCACCAUCCUGUACAACUCGUCGGGUUCCUCGCCCGCGCUGUUUGUUGGCACGGCAGCCUUUGAGCUCAUCGUCAAGCAGCAAAUCAAGCGCUUGGAGGAUCCCUCGCUCAAGUGCGUCUCCCUUGUCUACGACGAGCUGGUCCGCAUCCUCUCGCAGCUCCUUGGCAAGGCCUUGUACCGACGUUAUCCCGGCCUCAAGGAGAAGAUCCACUCUGUGGACCCCAAGACGGGCAAGCCGCUCCCCGCCACGGCUACCCCAGCCAGGGCCGCUAGCCCGACGACGGGCGACACGAACCUCGGCGGCGACAACAACAGCGGCUUCUUUGGCAGCUUCUUCGCGGCCAAGAACAAGAAGAAGGCGGCGGCAAUGGAGGCCCCCACCCACACUCAAGGCAUCGGGUACCCUCUGCUGAUUUCGUCCUACUACAACAUUGUCAAGCGAACCAUGAUCGACAUGGUUCCCAAGGCCGUUAUGCUGAACCUUGUCCAGUUGACCAAGGAUGAGAUGCAGCGUGAGCUCUUGGAAAACAUGUAUAGGACAGAUACGCUCGAUGAGCUGCUCAAGGAGAGCGACUUUACCAUUCGCCGACGCAAGGAGUGCCAGGACAUGGUCAAGUCUCUUUCCAAGGCCAGCGAGAUUGUCAGCCAGAGCAGGGUCGAUCUAGCGGCGCUGCAGCUCAAGGCGCGACGGAACCCCCAAGGCUAUAGGACAAUUGUGCACAACACGACGUAG